AUGGCAUUCCUGGAUACCAUCAGAGUAUGCGUUCAAUUUGAGGAGGGUGAGAAAUUUAUACCAGCAUUCGUCGGAAAAGACGUUGGCGAAAUGGUGAUCUUAGGAACGAACGCGCUAAAGCGUUUUGUUAUAAUAGUACAAGGCCUCAACGAGACAAGCUCUCAACAGCCGCAUAGUCUCGAGGCUGAUGGUAGGAAGUCCGAAGUACGAGCCGAGAUAGUACAGAGAACUUUUAUACCUCCGGGAGCAACAAAACUUGUAUCGUUGACCUGCGCCCAUGAAGGCAGCUUGGACACAGCAGUCGUUUCCUCACGACACCCACUCAUAAUGGACGGCCUAUGUAGCAUCAUAGAUAAGGAAACAGUCAUACCGGUGACCAAUAACACAACGGAAGCCCUAGUACUUCAAAAAGGAGAAGUAGUUGGGGAGUGGAGAAAUGAAGAGUGGGUAAAGCCGAAGCAUUUCGAGCUAGAAAGAGAUAUGCUGGACGUGGGUGAAACCAAAAAGUGGACCUCUUACGAGGAAAGACUGGAACGACUUUUAGAAGUAAUAAAGCAGAGAUCGCAACUGACGGAUAAAGCUAUCGAAUUGAUGUCCAUUUUCAAUGAUGCGUUUGCCGUGACAGAUGAAGAGUUGACACAAACUGAUUUAGUGGCCCAUGACAUUGACACAACGUAUCACAAGCCUAUAAAACAAAAAACGAGACCAGUACCAUUUGCUGCACGGAAGAACUUCAAAAGUUUAAUUGAAGACCUCCUCAGUAGAGGCAUAAUAGAACAAAGCUCUUCCGAAUGGGCUUCACCAGUG